CGAGUUUUGAUUGAACUCUAGCACAUCAUAUUGCUUUUUAAGUAGCAAACACCAAUGGAAAUCUGUCCCCUAAACCCUACAAAAUGGCGAUGGUUUUUCUCUCUUCUUUGUGAUUGCGUUUCGUUACUUCAACCAAAAAGGAUUGGAUACAGUAAAAUGGCAGAAGGAGGAGCACGACCCAGCUGGGCUGAUCUUCCUACUGAACUAAUAACAUUAGUUGCUGAUCGUUUAGGCAUAAUUGAUCUUCUCAGGUUUCUCAGUGUCUGUAAGAGUUGGAAUUAUGCUGCUUCCAGAUGUUCAGCUCAGAUUGAAUCCACGCAUAAUUAUGAACCCUGGUUUCUUCUUUAUGGUGAGGAUUCACACUGCAUUUUGCUUAGCGGAUUAGAAAAUAAGGAAUCCCAAAAGAAGUACAACAUCAAUAUCCCAGAAUUGAAUGGAGCAACAUGCAUUGCAUCCAGGGAUGGUUGGCUUCUUUUGCGGCAAGAAACCACAAUUUUCUUCUUCUGCCCCUUCUCCCGCUCCAGAAUAGACCUUCCUCAGUUUCCUGACUCAGAGCACCGUGAUUAUAUUGGUGCAUUUUCAUCUCCUCCUACAUCAAAAGAUUGCAUUGUCUGUGUUGUUGCCAAGAAUGAUAAAUCUCAAGUAGAACUACGAUUGCUUCAUCGUGGGGCUAAUGAAUGGACUACGCACAUAUAUACUUACUACAGAGACCAUUUCGAAAAGAUUAAAGCAGUAGCUUAUGAGAAUGAUGAAAAAAAUUUCCAUAUUUUCGAUGAUACAUGUGGAUUAAUUGUGUUUUCUCCAGAAGAUGGAAGUUGGAAAAUAUAUCGUAUAAUUGAUGAGCCAAUUGAUCAGUCAUCUAAUGCUGAAAAGAUACCGUUUCAUCUUAGCAGGGGGAGUUUCAAAAUGAAGAGAAUGAAGAAAAAGUUGGGGUUGGGGGAGGAUGUAUCAGUUGAUACUUGCGGGACGGUGGUCUCAUACCAUGCUGAUGAUAUGCAUGACAUGGUAUUUUUCAAUGAGAAUAUAUCUCAACACUCUGAAACCCAAGGCCGGCGCCUUAAAGGAGCAUGGAUCGAACCCCGGUUCCAUAAAAUUUCCCAAGAAGUGAGUUGGCAUCUCUGAGAAAUUUGCUCUCUAUCUUUGAAUAAUUGCGCUAUUCAUUCAGUUUUAUUGCUGUUUUGAAGAAUAAUUAAGGUCAUGGUUUAGUCAAUUAAAAAAUUACAUAGUUUUCCUUGUCCUCCCAUUCUGUACCUCCUCGGCUUAUAAUCUGCAGUUUCCAUUGUAAGAAUUUUAUGGCUCACAUGACAUUAAGAUUGUAUUUUAUCGGGUAUAAUAAUAUUUAUUUGAUAAAAUAAAUUAAUAUAA